UCAACCCUACAUUAGAAAAGUUCAGUGUGUUGCUAAUUUACCAAUCGGAACAGCAAUUUCGGCUGGUAAAACAAUAAAAUUCAAUACUGUUUGUCCAACAAUCUACUGUUGCAUUUCCGGUCCAGUGAAUUCUUCGCACCAUUUCAUCUGUGCCAUUGGAAAGUAAAGUGAAACAUUUGAAGCUUGUAUCUGUUGUGCAUCGUUCAUUAGAGUUUAAACCAUCAUCAACCCUCAGCCUUGGUUCACUUUCCCUCGAGAGUAAUGUGGUGUAUCGUCGAGUUGACCGUAAUCUCAACGCAGUGGAAUAAUGGGUCUUAUUGAUUUCAUAUUCAGUUUAAUUGUUCGUCGCUUAUCCCUUGUUUUAUUAGAGUUUAUUACAAGUUUGUGAUGCUGACGAGAAUAUUUGGGAAGGAUUUAAGCAAAGCUGGCAACUCAUCCUACAACCUUUGUUCAAAAUGAUUCGCCGCCUCUUUAGCACCCUGGUAACCGAUUAUCCACCAGUCGGGGAAUUUCUGCCGGCAGCCUCACCUAACAGCAGCCAGCAAUCCACCGGUCCCGGUUCAAGCGCCUUUCGAACGCGACAACUCGAGUCACUAAACUGGUUGCAUUCAGUAUCCCCAUGCUUUCCGGUUUCCGGCGAUCAAAUUGAUGUCAUCUACGAACCGACCGUGUUCUACAAUACCCUGGUAGGAAAAUGUGCAACCGCAAAGCGACGGAUCAUGCUGGCCAGUCUGUAUCUGGGCGUGGGAAAUUUGGAGACGCGCCUGGUGGAUGCCAUUCACGACAACAUGAGGAAGAAUGUGCAUUUGCAGGUGGACGUACUGUUGGAUUUCACUCGUGGAACACGAGGAGAGAAAAAUUCUAAAUCAACACUUAUGCCCUUACUGCAAGGGAGUGACAAUUUUCGAUUGUCUUUGUACCACACGCCAGUUCUGAGAGGACUAACAAAGCGACUAGCACCACCGCGGUGGAACGAGCUUCUCGGGAUUCAACACAUGAAGCUAUACUUGGUGGACGAUACGGUGAUUUUGAGCGGUGCCAAUCUUUCCAAUGACUACUUCACCAAUCGACAAGAUCGUUACGUAAUGAUCGAGGACCGCGGAUUGGCAGACUUCUAUGCCAACUUUUUCCGAAAGGUACAGGAGUUUAGCUUGAAGGUCAAUCGCAAUGGAGAGACGAGUCUACACGAGAAUUGGAACAUGCUGCCAUACAAGAGCGCACACUCUGAUUUUGCUACCGAAGCGAAGGAGCGGGUGAGAAACUACUUCAAGGAAGUGUUGAAACGUCAACGAAUUGUAUAUGAAGAAAACAAAACUUCCGACACCUGGAUAUUCCCGCUGAUUGAAAUGGGACAACUGGGCGUUCAUCACGACAGUCUGGUUACCAAGGGACUCCUUUCAGGUUGUUUGCCAGACUCUAAACUAAAGCUAGCGACCGGAUAUUUCAACCUAACCGAAACUUACAUGGAAACACUGACGAACGAUUGCGAGGCACAGUGCAGCAUCCUGAUGGCACAUCCGAAUGCAAAUGGUUUUCUGGGUGCUAAAGGUCCGGCCGGUGGUAUACCGGCUGCCUACUCUCUGAUCGCUCGCAAAUUCUACGAAAAAUUACAAAAAGCUGGCCAACAGCACCGGGUUUCGCUGAUGGAGUACGAACGUACCGGGUGGACCUAUCAUGCCAAAGGGCUCUGGUAUUACCUGCCGGGAUCUUCCCUACCCAAUCUGACACUGAUCGGAUCGUCCAACUUUGGCGAGCGGUCAGUGAAUCGCGAUCUGGAAGCACAAAUCUGUGUGGUGACCACAAACAGUGGGUUGCAGCGGAAAUUACAGUCGGAGUUCGAUAACAUUUUGCAGCACUCAUCGACAGCGGAAGCACAACUGAUUUCCCGAUCGGUACCACGCUGGGUCCGAGCCGUUGUUGGGUUAUUUAGAAAUUUUUUCUAAUGCCCUUAUUUCCUUCUCAUUGAUGUCCCUUCUAAGUUAUUUAUUGAAAAUAGUCAAAAUGUGACAAAUCAGUACCAAAAAAGGUAGUUCUUAAGUAGCCUCUUUCGAUCAAAGUAGUUCGAGUUCUCAUUCGAGAGGAUAAGGCCAUAAACUCUACAGCGUUGAACGCUUGUGCCUUGUUUACUCAAACUCGUGGGAGACUUAAAAAUAAAAUUUGAAAUGAUUACACAAUCUA